AUGAAAUUGUCAUUUGGCCUUUUAGGUCUUUCCCUCUUAUCGCUCACUUCUGCUCUUCCAAAGAUAACAAGGACGGGCAAGUAUCUGUAUGAUGAGAGUGGAAGUAGGUUUUAUAUCAAGGGCGUAGCAUAUCAACCUCAAGGCGAAGUUGCUGAAAGCUCAGAAGCUAACACUGCCAAUGGUGGAUUUCCCGAACCCUCAUCAUAUCAUGACCCUCUAUCAUCUCCACAAAACUGUACAAGAGAUUUACCAUACUUGAAGCAGUUAGGUGUUAAUGCAGUCAGAGUAUACUCGGUAAAUAGUAGUUUGAAUCAUGAUGAAUGUAUGUCCACAUUCAGUGGUGCUGGUAUAUACGUAUUACUAGACGUAUCGCUUCCUCUCAAUGGAUCAAUCGAUCGAUCUUCCCCUUCUUGGUCAACCAAUUUACUGAACGAGUAUAUAACUACCAUAGACGCUUUUAGAAAUUACGAUAAUGUGCUGGGUUUCAACAUUGGAAAUGAAGUUAUCACUACUAAUGGUAACACCAAUGCUGCCCCGUACGUCAAGGCCGCCGCCAGAGACAUCAAGGCAUACCUCAAAUCAGUCAGUUCAUCGGCAUUAGUAGGAUACUCGGCAACAGAUGGAGACGCAGAGUUCAGAAACUCCUUGGCUGAAUAUAUGACUUGCGGCGGUGAUUCAAUCGCUGUUGAUCUAUACGGUCUGAAUAACUAUGAAUGGUGCGGAAAUGAGAAUUAUAACUCAUCCAAUUGGAAUACGAUCGUACAAGGAUUCCAAGAUAUCCCUGUUGCUACUUAUAUGUCUGAAUUUGGAUGUAUCACAGCCCCUCCUAGAUUAUGGACAGAAGUAGCUUCAUUGUUCAGCUCUCCCACGUCGGAUGUCUUUAGCGGUGGUGUCGCUUUCAGUUAUUUCCCAACUUCCGAUGGUUAUGGUAUGGUCACCUUUUCCGCCGACGGGAACACUGUUACAACCUCGGAUGACUUUACCCGACUCUCCACUCAAUACAAUGCCACUGCACCGCCCAACUCACCGGCCCAAUCAUCGGUGACAGCAGGUCAAACCGAUUGUCCAUCUGAAUCAGCAACUUUCAUCGCUUCAAACACUUUACCACCGACUCCCAAUGAGGACGUAUGUAAUUGUAUAAACCAGAAAUCUUUGGCUUGUUUAGUACUCCAAAAAACCGCAAAUUCACCUACGAUCGUCGGUGACUUACUGAAUUACGCAUGUCAACUCCUUGGAUCAUCAACCAAUGGAUCUGCUUCAUGUGAUCCUAUCGGUGGAAAUGGUACUUCCGGCACAUACGGACAAUUAUCAUAUUGCUCCCCGGCUAUCAAAUUGUCUUAUGCCAUGUCAGCGUAUUACGAAUUCAAUCCUAUAGAGUCGUCGUGUGAUUUCAGUGGUAACGCAACCUUGAGUCCCGCUCGACCAAACACCGCUCAAGAUGCAUCUACAGCCGCCUCACAAUGCUUGGCUCAAGAACCUUCAGGAGGUGUCUUCACUCCUUCGGCAGUGUCAGGUAGUGGAGCAAGUCAAACUGCUUCUUCUGCACAAAGUGGAAGUACAACAAAUUCAGCUACGACUUCAGCUCGUACAAGUUCAGCUUCAUCAUCUGGGAAUAAUCAAUUCACAUUGGGCAUGGGAGGUGUGUGGGGUUUCAUGGGCGUCCUAGGUGCGGCUGCAAUAGGGGGAUUAAUGGUUUUAUGA